CCACAACACCAUCAAGAUCAAGGGGGAGCAGUCAAACAGUUUUCAUAUGACAGUAGAGGUGGACAGUCAGAAUUAAAGACAGGAAAGCAACACAAAGAGUUAGACGAAAGCAAAGAUACACAAAGGUGAGAGGGUAGGGCUCAAAGCAGCAAGACAUUAUGGACCCCCCUCUGCUUAUGUAGUAAGCAGUCAAUCACAUGACUCAGACUCAAAGGAGGGUUCAGUACAUUGCCACCAAGUUGUUUAAGUACCGGAUGAGGAUGAGAUAUCUGUGAAUUAGAUCGUUGGCACCUCAGCAGCAGUGGACUUUUGCACACACAACAGUCGAAGGUCUCUGUUGGUUUUUUACCAGGUUUUUAAUCUACCAUGGAGUCCCAGUCCUUGCCUUGUCACGGAGGCCAAGACAGCCAUGUUUUACAUGUGGAAAAUGUACUGAUACAGAAGGGACCCCGACGUAAAAGGGAGUUCAUACCUGAAGAGAAGAAGGAUGGCCUCUACUGGGAGAAACGUCGUAAGAACAAUGAGGCAGCCAAGCGGUCACGGGAAAAGAGGAGGAUGAAUGACUACAUGUUGGAGACCCAUCUCAUGACCCUGAAAGAAGAAAAUACCAGGCUUAAUGCUGAAUUAAUGGCCAUCAAGGUUCACUUUGGCCUGCUCAACCCUGCAGCCUACACUGCUCACCAGAGCAACCAACUGCAACCCCAUGUCCCCAGCAGCACACAGCCCAUCACAGGCAUUAGCGCCCACCACCCGUCCCUGCAAAGGGACUACUACUGGAGGGGUAGAGACCCAUCUGUUGCAUCUGGCCACCACCUGCAUCACCCUGUUUUCAUACCUGCAUAUGCUCUCCAUACCAUGAGAGGCUAUUCAUUUCCAAACUCAUCCAGUAGCACAAGUUCUGGUCUCCUCACUCCCCUUGUCCUUCCCCAAAAUUUCCUGCCAAUGCAUUCAUCCCAUCCUGGAGCUCCGCUUCUGAAGCCCAUUGCUACGAGAGCUGUAUCAGAUGAGGAAGAGGAGCAGCAGGUCCCAGGGAUAUUGUCCCUGUCUUGCUCCGCUCCGCCUCACAAAAUCACCUCAAGAGGAGACAAAACCUAUACCCCACCAAGACAAUACAUGUCUGACUGACUGUCUUAUAUAGAAACGUGUGUCCACUGCACAGUUGUUUGGUUGACAAAUAGGUAGACAGAGAAACAAAUUCUUCAUUGCUCUUUACUGCUGAAAUAUUCCUGAUGAUCAUGUAACUUUAAGAGCUCUACUUUUGUGAAUCAAUGGCACAUGGUGCAUAUUGCAGUUAGAAAAGCACCAUUCAAGUGCGUGGUUACCUCCACAAUUUCCACUUUUUGUGUCACAACACACAUUGACAGCUCUUUGUUGGAGGAUCAUUCACACUACAGCCACAUCACCUGUCGAAGUAAAAUUGGUAAACAUAUCGUCCAUAAAAAGUUGAAUUAAUAAUAGAGUAGAAUCCAUAUAUGCAUGUAAUUUUGAAAAAAGAAAAAUACAGAACGUGAAUGCAGCAUGAGCUAAGGAUGUGGUCUGAACAAGCAGGCAACACGGGUGUAGAGCCCUCUAACCCUUGACACCAAACUUACACAGCACUGCUUGAUCAUGAGUGACCACGUAGAGAGAAGUUCACAGCAUGCCACAAAGACUGAACCCUGACGCUGCGUCAGCUCUUCGGUGUGUACUUUCUUGAGCAUGUCAAAGUUGCAACUGUGGCUUCUUUCGAGAUAUACUAAUCAUCUAAUCACUCCAAGCAGCAAAAACAUGUCAUUUAACAUAUACUGUAUGACUGUGCUGUAUGAAUUAUAAGUGUCAAAUGUCAGUUUGUAUGUUGUUGAUGAAUAAACGUUAUUCGGUGCUGUCGUACAUCUGUAAACCAGCAGUUGUAGUCUUGAGUAAAAUUCAGUUGAAAAAUAGGUUGCUCAGGAUAAAAGAUUAAAAAAGAAGCUUGUGGAUGAAAAGAAAGAUAUUAUGUGACCACCUAUGACUGAGUUUAAUUUGCUUAAACAAGCUGUAGGUUACGGCCUCCGUCCAAAUGGAAACAAUGAAGUUGGAUGAUGCAUUUCUUUGGUUUUCCUGUGUGGGCGGAAGCAGUCA